UAUCACUAUACUCGACACGUAUAUGCUGUUACAGCCAGGUUAUCUGAAGGAUCUGCUCUCUGUGCGGCGGAAUCGGAUAGCCUGGUGAAUCUCAGGACAUCGCAGCCCCGACUCUCCGGAAUGUGCGCACACGCUUGCGUGUGGCGAUGACGGACGGAUGCGACGGAUCCGGGGAUUCCAGCAUAUAGGGCCGACCGGAGGAAAUCUGCAGUGGACAUUGUUGUGUGGCUCGGUCUUUGAGCAGCCAGGGUUGGCCAGUAUCGCAACUUGGAAGUCUGUUCGCAGGGGAUGACUGUCUUCCAAAGCUCGCUGAGUCCAAUCGUGGAUCCUAAUGCGCCUUAGCCUUCGUUCACGCUGGCUCUCACGGUCGAGGUUGUGUCAAGGGAUCAACAAAUUGCAUAUUUCAUCUUUGGUAGGCAAUGACGAGGCAAUCGGAAAUUCUACUACCGUAUCUUUUAUCGAGUAGCACCUGCGCGGACAUUUCAAGAACAUGGGGCGAGUGUAAUCUUUCUGCCGAAUCAUCAUGUUCAGUGGAAGCUACGGGGAUCUCAGCUUGCCUUGCACAAGUUCCGAUUGAUGGAACAAUCAUGAUGUCACCAACUCCUCUCUUCCGCGAUCUGGAAGCGAACAAUCACAGGAGAAAAACGGCUUCAAGUCCUCAUCAACAUCGAAUGCCUUGUUUAGCUUUUUCUCUGGUCGCAGGUGCAGAAUAGGGCUGGCUACAUCGGUUCGACGCUCUAAACCUCUCGUUGUGUUCCAUGUUAUCAAAGCUCGGCACUGACGUGUGGGGACAGAUACCCACCGGCCUCGCAAGGGGACAGAUCGCGGAACAAGACGCAUUAUGGGCAAUCAUGAGGACCUUGGCAGAUACAAUGUUCGAUCGAUGCGGCAUUACUCUCUCGAGCCCCUCGCACUAGAUCGCUUUUUCGGAGCUGCAACCGAGAAGCUUCAAGUUCCGAUUUCCGAGUUCUGUUCGUUGCCCAAACGAAGACCCAAACGGGGACUUCGCACCAUGUGGAAAGAAACAGGAGUAGUACAGAUUCCUUCUUGCCAGCCCCAUGGAUCCCUCUUUCCACAUCACGAAACACCUAUUCGACGCUCGCCCUCGAUAUCAAUACCGGCUCACGGCCAGCUGCUACCGCUUUCCAUUAGCGAACCAGUCGGGGUCUGAAGACGACUCAAGCGGCUUGACGCUGGUGCUCACACACGGGUCUGGGUUCCAUAAGGAGCACUUCGAGCCCACCAUCGACGAAUUGCUCCGCCUAGUGACCAACCAGGCAGAAAGCCAGAGUGUGUCGAUUCGGGAAAUUUGGGCGUUGGACCAUCCGUCCCAUGGACAGGCGGCGUUGUUGAACGAGGCGCUCUUCCAUCGACAGGGCGGAACGGACGAUGGCGCGAGAAAGUAUGCACAAGCCCUCUAUGCCUUUCUGACGCUGCCCAAUCCCGGCGUCGGCGUCGACUUCUCACAGCGCAACGUAGUGCUGGUCGGGCAUUCGAUGGGCGCCAUGGCAAUCACGCCGAGGAUCACGCCUAUCUGCGCCAUCCUCGUGGAACUUGUCGCCGGAGACCCCGCAAUGAUGAAGGAGGUGACCGAUCAACUGGCACAGGGCUCGCACACGCGUAGAGACAGAUGGAGCUCUCGUGCGAGUGCCUCACGGUUUAUGAAAAAACGAAAGAUGUGGGAAAAAUGGGAUCCUCGUAUACUGGAUCUUUACCUCGCAUAUGGAUUGAGACCACUUCCCACGCUGAAAUACCCUUCGAUAGCGUCCGGUGUCACUCUUACGUGCACAAUCGAACAAGAAGAGUCCAUAAGCAGAGAUCUCAGCGGGAUAAUCUAUAUCUGGAACAGUAUACAAACCGUCACCACACGCCAUCCCUUGCAUCUAAUCUACGGGACCAAAAACGAUAUUCUAUCAUUAGAAUCCAAGGAUAGCUUCAUCGCGCAGGCUGGAGGGAGCGAAAAGUUUGAAUCGAUCCAUUCCAUCCCUGGAGCCGCACAUUUAAUCGUGCAAACCCACCCAACAGCACUCGCGGAGAGGAUUUUCGACAUUCUACGCUCUAGAUCACUGCAAGGACAAUUCGCGAGAGCAGCGAGAAUGUAGAUCAAAGAGCCUCAUUAGAAGCUAUCAUCUAGAAUCUACAUUCUCAGACUGUAGCGAGAUGACUGGGCGUUUCAUGUUUGUCAAUGGAUUCCAUUUCAGGUAGAGAGAUAUGUAAGAACUCAAAU